AUGGUUCACCGCCUUGCCUUCUCUUGCUUCGGACGAGGAUCUAAAUCCCUGUCGAAAAGUAACCCCACGGCAGAGAAUGGGAUUGAGGAGCAGCAAGCAACGGAGGAACCGAAAAAGGGAGGAGCCAUAAUGGUGGAGCUGUUUUUGUCGCAGGGCUGCGCCACGUCGCCAGAAGCGGAGCUCUUAAUAUCGAGGCUGGGGAGGGGAGACUUCGACCCGGAGGUACCGGUAAUAGUUCUCGCAUUCCACGUGGAUUACUGGGAUUACAUGGGUUGGAAAGACCCGUUCGCGUCGAGCCAGUGGACGGUGAGGCAGAAGGCGUACGUGGAAGCAUUGAAGCUGGAUACUAUGUUCACGCCCCAGGUGGUGAUUCAGGGUAGGACCCAGUGUGUUGCCACCGAUCAAGCCGCUUUGCUCUCUAACAUCACAUCCGCCGUCCGAUAUCCGUCUCUCGCCUUUCAGGCAAAGUUCGAAAGGACAUCGCCAGACAGCUUGGCGGUAAGCUUAACAGGAGCACUGAAGACAAAGGUGGACAGUCAGGGAGCCAACGUAAUGGUGGCUCUUUACGAGAACGAACUGGUAACUGACUGCUCAGAGGGAGAGAACCGAGGCCGUAUUUUGACCAAUGAUUACGUUGUUCGCAGACUGGAGAACCUUUGCAGUGUCAAGGACAUUUCUUCCAAGAAAACGGUGACGGGAAGUGUAAACUUCCUGUUGUGGGAAGGUUUUAACAGUCACAAGUGUGGUGUUGUUGUAUUUGUUCAGAAUAAUUCUUCCUUCAUUUUUGGUUCCCAGAAUUUUCAAUUGCCGGACAAUCUCUGA